AUGAGUGGCUUUGAUUCACCAGCUUCCGGUAUCGCUGCAUCAGUCUAUCUAGGAUUAUACACAAUCUUCUUGAUUUUCAUGAUCUAUGUCUUGAUCAAAAGAGGGGUUAAAACUUUAUUCACAUUCAUUUUUGUAUUUUGUGUGUUCAGGUUUGCUGGUCAGCUCUGUGGUGUCAUCUACGCAAAAGUGGGCGUAUUGUACACCAAUUGGCUCGUCGCCUACUUGGUGCUUCAGGCAGAGGGAUACUUUACUUUGAUUCUUACGUGUUUUCGCAUCACCUGCAAAGCCCAAGAGGACAAAUUUAGAAAGUCCUGGAUUAUGGAAUCUGGACCUAGACUUCCUAUUUUUCGCCAACUAAAUUCCUCUUGGAUGAGGUGCUUUCAUCUUAUUUUAAUCCCAGCAAAUGCUCUUCUCAUUGCUGGAGGAAGUUUGACAGCCGGUGUCGACUUAUCAGACAGCUCCAGCGGCCUGGAAAAUCUCAAUACCGCAAAACGACUUCGUACAGCCGGUCAAAUUAUUUUCCUCUUCAUGACUGCAAUUCUGAUUGGAUUGAACAUGUAUGUCUUUAUCAAGGAAAGAGUCAGGAACAGAUCCACGAUGUCGGUCAUGAUCGCAGGCCCAUUUUUAAUCAUCCGAGGAAUUUUUGGUGUAUUGUCUAUUUACAUCGACGACAUGAACUACUAUGAGCUCUCCAACUAUUCCGACACAGGUGUUAACAAAACUUUGGUUAUCUACGAGUAUGUGUUGGCUACGACAAUGGAAUUUUUGACCGCUGUUGUGUUGAUGACCCGGUUCUUUUCCCCAGAAACAGUGGAAUCGGAACAUAGGCGAGGUGAGAAGGUUUCGGUUUCCGUCCUGUCGUAUGAAGGUUUGUGA